UGUGAGUGUUUUGUUGACAAAGAGACAAGCAGACAAGAGCACCAGCAGUCAAGAAGGAGAGAAGGAGAGAAGGGCUAGCAGCACUGGGGAAGAGAUAGAGAGUCCGCUGGAAUACUGCCACUGAUACAGACACAAACGACGCGUGUACCCUGCGCCAGCGUGUCAGUCAAUCAGAUCAUAGCGCGACCAUGUCUGCCACCACUUCACGGACAACGCUCAACGGCAGCGCACAGGAGACAGCGCAGGGCACGAAUAACAUCAAAGUCGUGUGUCGCUUCAGACCCGUCAAUAAGGUCGAAACAGCCAAUGGGUUCACCCAACCCAUCGUCUCCUUUGAAGAUACCGAUACGGUCAAACUAGAGUCUAAUGAUCUCAAGGAUUCAUUUACAUUCGAUAGGGUCUUUGGGAUGGAGUCGCGCCAGCACGAGGUGUUUGACUAUUCCAUCAAAUCCACAGUCGAAGAUGUCCUCAACGGCUACAACGGGACAGUCUUCGCUUAUGGACAGACGGGCGCCGGUAAAUCCUUCACCAUGAUGGGCGCAAGCCUAGAGAACCGAGAUUUACGUGGUGUCAUCCCACGGAUCGUGGAGCAAGUCUUCUCCAGUAUUGCUAUAGCGCCCGGGAAUAUGGAGUAUACGGUGAAAGUCUCCUACAUGGAGAUCUACAUGGAAAAGAUUCGCGACUUGCUACAGCCUGCGAAUGAUAAUCUACCGAUACACGAGGAAAAGACAAGAGGGGUGUAUGUGAAAGGUUUGCUUGAGGUCUACACGAGUUCAACGGAAGAAGUGUAUCAAGUCCUUGAACAAGGUGGACAAUCUAGAGCCACAUCCUCCACCAACAUGAAUGCCGAGAGUUCACGGUCACACUCCAUCUUUGUUGUGACGGUGACCCAGAAGAAUGUCGAGACGGGUUCUGCCAAGUCGGGACAACUUUUCCUUGUUGAUCUCGCAGGCUCAGAGAAAGUUGGCAAGACAGGCGCAUCAGGUCAAACACUCGAAGAGGCAAAGAAGAUCAACAAGUCGCUCUCAACGCUCGGUAUGGUGAUUAAUGCACUGACGGAUGGAAAAAGCACACAUGUGCCCUAUCGCGACUCCAAAUUGACGCGCAUCUUGCAAGAAUCCCUCGGUGGCAAUUCAAGAACCACGCUCAUCAUUAAUUGUUCGCCCUCUGCCUACAAUGACUCUGAGACACUCAGCACCUUGCGUUUUGGUAUGCGAGCAAAGAGUAUCAAGAACAAAGCGAAAGUCAAUGCCGAGUUGUCUCCGGCUGAAUUGAAAGCGCAUUUGAAGCGCGCACGGCAAGAGUGUCUUACCUUUCAAGAAUAUGCAAGCGCGCUUGAAGGUGAAUUGGGUCAGUGGCGUGGUGGCGUGCAAGUCAAGCAGGAGCAUUGGGUCACAUUCAGGGAAAAUGGCAGCAGUGUCUUGCCCUCGCAAUCAGGGUCUCGUGUCGAUGUACUCAGAGACACAGGCAGCGAGACGCCACGCGCAUCAACACCGUUGCCAGGCUCAGCGCCCCUUGAAAAGGACGAACGUGAUGAGUUUCUCAAACGUGAGAAUGAGCUACAAGAUGCCCUUGCGGCAAAGGAGUCUGCGCUAGCACGAAAUGAAGGGUUACUAGCACGGCUGCAGCAGGAAUUAGCGAGCUUGCAAGUUCAUGAUCAAGAGACGGCACGUCAGCAUGCUCUCCUCUCUGGGCAAUAUCGAGAUGCGCAAAUGGCGAUGGAGAAGGCAGCGUUUGAACAUCGCGAGGCGGCCAUCACGCUUGAUUCAUUGAAGGAGGCGAAUAGCGACUUGACGCAUGAGCUGGAGGAAGUCAAAAAGGCACUCAUGCAAGCGCGUCUCGAAGCAGCAGUUGGCAGUACAACCACAAGCAACGACUGGCUUUCACAAGAGGAGAAGGAGAAACGCAAAGCGGAAAAGAUGCGAACCAUGAUGGCUGGCUUCUCCAUUGAGCGUGACCCGGCUUCGUCAUUGCAAGAUCUACUGGACACCUGUACGGGUGUCGAUCAGCUUGACGGCGAGGGACUUGCGCAGCUCCGCGCGACUUUGCAAGAAACACAGCGAGCGGUACGAGACACGGAUCGUGGCUUACAAGAUAAAUUGGACCUGGUGGAUUCUCUCACCCGUCGUAAAGCAGAACUUGAAGCACGCCUUGAACGGACUGAACAGGCGUAUGCUGCGUUACUUGAAAAGACGCUUGCUGAACAAGGUGUGGAUAUGGGUGCCUUGAAACAACAAUACCAAGAGGUGGUGGAAGCGAAACGCGAAGCCGAUACGAAUGAGAUUGCUAGACUACACGAGCAAGCCGCGUCACAAGCUGCAUUACUCGCUCAAAGUCAAGAAGCACUGGCGCACGCUAAGCAGCAACGGUCAGCAGACGUGCCAGUACCGUAUGAAGGCUCGAAUGGUGGCAAAACAGUGGCUCAGCAACUUGCUGAUUUUGAUGCAAUGAAGAAGUCACUGAUGCGUGAUUUGCAAACACGUUGUGAGCGUGUGGUGGAGUUGGAGAUUGCCUUGGAUGAUACACGAGAACAGUAUAAUGCCGUCUUACGCAGUACGCAUGCACGAACGCAGCAAAAGAAGAUGGCGUUUCUUGAGCGGAAUCUGGAGCAAUUAACGGCCGUUCAGCGACAAUUGGUGGAGCAAAACGCGUCACUUAAGAAGGAAGUGGCGAUUGCUGAGCGGAAACUGAUUGCUCGAAAUGAGCGCAUCGCGUCGCUUGAGGGAUUACUACAGGAAGCGCAGGAUAAGUUGCAGCAGCAACACGGCAAGUUUGAGCAACAACUCCAGGCUGUUCGUGAGAGACUGGAGUCUGCGCGGACGAAAGCACCGGCAGCUCAAGGAAUUGCGAGUCAGGGGAUGACGGCUGGUAUGCUUGGUUUAUUUUCAGGGACCAAAAUUGCAAAGCCGUUGAGGGGUGGUGGGUUGCCUGAUUCACCGGGUGGGCCGCAGCAGCAGACUAUGGAGACAAAGAGAGGAAGUUGGUUUAGAUCGGGUGUUUAAUCCAUCCCAGCGUUGCAUACACGUAUAGACCAGCGAGUCCUAGCAUCAAGCCUUGUGUUCGUUGUUGUCAUUGUGUAGACCUCGGACUUUGGUGAGUGCGCGCUUGUGUCGGACUUGAUUCUCCGCGCCGCCAAAUUUGAGGAAAUCGCCGAGACGCAGCUUCAGUUCUGACUUCUAACCUCCACACAUCAAGUGCUCCAAGGGACUCUCUAGAUUCGCUUGUCUUCUAAUCAGAUGGCAGACAGUGCGAGAGAAGCGGUUGAGGAUGCCGUUAUUCAGGCCAAAGAAGCUGUUCCAGAUGUCAAAUCGAGCUUGUCGGGCAUCAAGUCCUUUGUGUCUGGUGGAUUUGGUGGUAUCUGCUGUGUAUUGGUGGGACAUCCGUUUGAUUUGAUUAAAGUCAGGAUGCAAACGGCAGAGAAGGGAGUGUACUCGGGAACGAUGGAUGUUGUGCGAAAGACGCUUGCUAAAGCUGGACCAACGG